AUGUCAGUACCAAAAGUGGUAACCCCGAGCUACACUCGGGCUUACCAUGCAGAGCUGUAUAGGGAGUCCCUGCAGCACUUACCUUGUCCUUCGCUCCCGCGGUGUGUCCCCUGCAGCGUCCCCAGCCAUCUCCUCCGGCAGAUGCCGGCAUCCGGCUACUGUGUUCCGGUCCCUGGGACAUACGGGCGCCGGCGGGAAAUUUGAAAAUUUUAAAAAAUGACAUUUUUUUCAAAAUCAUUUUUCAUAUACUUUGUCCUGCGCCCUGCCUGCAUUUUGAAUGUUCUUUCUG